AUGUGGGUCCAAGGCAGCAAGCAAUUGAAUGCGAUAGUUGCCAAAAAUGGCAACACCGAACAUGCGAAACCGGUACGCAUUACACAAAAACAGUACUUAGCCGUCAUUCGCGGUGAAACGGACAUAACGUUUGUCUGCAAGCCUUGUUCAACGUCUGCACAGAACGGAACACAGGUGGGAUCCGAAGAAGUGGCGGCACUUGGCAAUGCGACCGAUGUCAUGGAGGCAGAAGACAAGCCUGUUAAUGAACAGAUUUCAACGUCUGCACAGAAUGUAACACAGGCGGGUUCCGAAGAAAAGACUGCACUUGGCAAUGCGACCGACGUCAUGGAUACAGAAGACACGCAUGUUAAUGAACAGGACAGCACUGGCCAGAUGGCGUUUAUUGGUCGAGGCAUUCUGGAGGCCUACAGUCCACCAGGGUGCAAUCGGGACUACGUGUGUAGCAUGUCGUAA